GGCCUUGAUCUUCAGGGAGCGGGUCUAUCCGGAGGUCUCAACUGCCACCUGCCCUCAAUAUCCGCCGACCAAUCCCGCAGUCCCUCCUCCUCGGCCUCGUCGGUGUGUAAAGACAGUCAGUUCUUCGACUGGCAGUGGGUUCCGGCUGUUCCCCUCAUAGCUCACGAGGGCGGAGUUGGUGUUGGUGUGAUUCCCAUCUAUUAA